GUUACAACGAAAACUGGCUCCCCCUGCGAUGUUCUGAAUGGUGGUUGCUUCCUGUCCAAUCAAAUUCGUAGUUCCUAUAUCCGGGUGCUGUGGUCACAGGGGUUCCUAGAGAAUGACUCGCAUGUGACAGGAGAUGUCCCCGCCUCCAAACACCACGGCGGCCAUCUUUCCGAAGGCUGAUAGUUCUACCACCUAAGCAAAUUAGCUUCGGUAAAAUGGUUCCUCGCAGACACCACAGCGAUGCUGUCCUAUGUACCGGUAGUCGGAUGUAGUAGUAGGGAAAACGGCCUCGAGUCGUGGUUUGUUUCCCCCGGGUGAAAAGCGAUGGAUCCUCGUUCUCAACUAGAGGUGCAUCCACACCACGAGCAGCGGAAGAUCUGCGCCUCACGGGCCAAGUACCGCGAUGGACGGAAGCCGAGAGCAGUCAAAGUUUACACCAUUAAUCUGGAAUCUCGGUACUUGCUGGUGCAGGGGGUCCCGGCCAUCGGGGUUAUGAAGGAACUGAUUGAGCAUUUUGCUCUCUAUGGAGCAAUAGAAGAAUACAAUCCCCUGGAUGAGUACCCGGCCGAGCAGUUCACAGAGGUCUAUCUCAUCAAAUUCCAGAGGGUGCAGAGCGCACGAGUCGCCAAACGGAAAUUAGAUGAAUGCAGUUUCUUCGGAGGUGUCCUUCAUGUCUGCUAUGCCCCAGAGUUCGAGAGCGUACAAGAGACCAGAGAAAAGCUUCAAGACAGAAGGCGGUAUGUGGCCCGAGCAACGGCUGAUAGAGACUGUCAAAGUGCAGAACAGAGAAAGGUUGUGCCUGAGAAGUCCCAUUUAUUGUCUGCAUCUGUGGAAUCAAGCUCUCCGGGCACUUCCACUUGGGGCCCCUCUCCGCAGCCUGAUGACUUUUCACCCAUGCUGCCGUCCAUGCCCCCUGAACCUUACCAGGAAUACAGAUCGACUUCUCCCUCAAGCUCUUAUUCCAGAAACCCGCCUUCCGGAGGCAGUGUGCAUCCCCCACCCUGCUGUGGACCAGAGAGAACAGUCAAUCCAGCGCACAACAUUUUGAGGAGUAACCCGACCAGGUUUAUGCCGAGGACUACGCAGCUGCAAGAGAGACAAAAGAGACGGGAGGCAAGCCUGGCACUUUCACUAUCUCUAGCCGACUCUCCAGAGGUUGUACUAGGACCAAGAUUUGCUGAACUGCCAAAAUUAGACCUGGAGGACGAUUCUCUGAACACAUCUGCUAAAUUAAUAAGAGGAAAACUAAACAAGGUUUCUGAAUUCUUUCCACUAACCGCACCAGAGGACAAGGCUGUGGACACUCAAUCUGCACCUCCAGUAAAACAGAGAAGAAGAAUAUGACCCUUGGAGGGAAGAACGUGGGAAAAAAACUUUUGUAUAUUUGAUGUGUCUGGUGUACAAGGAUAUGGGGCUGAGCUGCAAUACCAUACACAGCCUGCGGACGACGGAGGCGCUGCUUCUGCUCCUGUACAUCCCGAGCAAACAACGUGAUCUGACAGAUGGAGCGGAUGUUGAAGGACUGCUGACGUCCACUGAAUGUAAUCAGUGAACGCUGAAGGGAAAUGGAAAACUUGCUCAGCUGCAGGAGGAUUGUCUAGACUGGAUGCAAGUGUAGCAAAACCCCAGCUGUGUUGAAGUAUCAGAUCUGUAUAUAUCACAAAAAUGUUUCCAUUCACUGACCGUAAGCACAGCACACAGGAAUUACAUUAUGAUCAAGUAUGGCUGUUUCCCGCAGUCCCAAAAAGUUUGAUUGGAGUGGCAGUGGUCAUGCUCAGUUGGGUUCCUGGAGGUGAAGGUGAUGUACUGGGGUCCCUCAAUCUAUCAAUGACUGAAGGUCUGUUGGACCCCAACCUGAUAUUUAUCACCUAUCCAAGUGGAUAGGUGAUACAUGUUUUUGGCUGGAGCACCCCUUUAAAUACGGGUACAGUGAAUCACUGAGGAAAGCUGGGUGAUGGCUUCAUAGGGCUUGUAUUGCAGCUUAACCACUUCACUUGAAUGGGGCUGGCAAUACCAGACACAGCCCGCCGAUGAGACGAGGAAAAAGCCUGGGAUUUUUUCCUCCAAUUUCAGACAAUCCCUUUAAUGGCAACUUAGAAAAACAGGUAAGUUCUCCUUUAAAGGGGAUGUCAGUGAUAAGACAAAAGGUCUGAUGUGUUUUGGAAACAGCGCCACCCUUACCCGGGGCCGUGUGUGGUAUUGCAGCCCAGACCGGCCAUAACGGACACAACCUAUGAAAUAGGAGUGGCGCUGUUUCUGGGAAACAGGAAAACUUUUUUCUAAUCUUAAACACUCCCUUUAAAUUCUCGUACAGUUU